AUGGGCAAGGAAUUUGACUCCUCUGAUAGCUAUUGUAAGAACAGACGAAAAGCGUCGUUGGAGGCCAAGAUCGAGAGUGAGAAACUGUCCGCCAUAGGUGCGGAUAGCUCUGCCGUUGCUGUCCAAAGGAGCAAACUCAAUGCUCAUAUAGGUUUGCAGGAAAACGCUGAGCCUUGA